CAGAUACUUUCUUCACUGGCUUACUGUUCACAUGCUGCUGUGUUCCUACUGCUUGGGAAUUUGACAGUUUAUACCAAGGACUUACUUUAGAAAGAGUUAGAGAAGAAAUGGAGAAAAAAUAAACCUGGCUGAGUGCUGCAAAACAAGAAUGAAAAGCACUCCAACAUAUACCUUUCUUCAUUGCAAGAUUUGCACAUCUUGUUUCUCCAGUGCUGUCUGUAGCCCCACCUUACCAACCACCCUCCAACAUGUCCCAUGCUUACUCCACUUUGAAGACGCAGCCAGGCACAUCUUACAGUAAGGGAAGCUACAGCAGUCUUUCUUACAACUCAAACCUGAGCAGUUCUUACAUUAGCCCUGAUAAGUUUUCUUACAAAUCUGGACUUUCCAGCACCAGCUACCAGAGUCCUGCCAGAGUCAAGAACUACAGUAUUUCCUCAGAGCUGGAUCCAGGGAGGCAGUACCUGAGAUCAGAUCUGCGUUCUGAUAUACUUAACAGGCGCAGUGAGAGCCUGAGUCGCACAACACUGAAAUCAUCAACCAGUGGACUUAGUGGGGGGUUCUCUCCAUACACUGGAAGCAGCCCAAAGCAUUACCUCUCCACACCUUCUCCAGUGGUAUCAUUAAACAGACGAAAAUCCAGCAGCCAUACAGAUUUGGCAAGAGACUUUAAAAGCCUGCACAUUUCAGAUACCUAUCAAUCUGAUACCAUCAGAAGCACUAAUCUGUCUCGCAGCAGGCAGGACCUAGACAGCCUCUCAGGAUCAUACAGAAGCACCAGUAGGAAUGAUCACUGGGAUUCUUAUAAUGGGAAAAGCAGUGGUGGAAGCUAUGGACUUUCUCGGAGCUCAACACAGGAUGUCAUCACAGCCUCACUGAGGUCAAACAGCAGGAAAAACUCCUUUUCCAGUGAGAAAGAUAAUUAUGUAACUCCAUCACUUAUUAAAGAAAGUAUAAAUUCCAAGACAACUCAGGGACUGGUGGGACUCAGAAACCUAGGAAACACUUGUUUCAUGAACUCCAUUCUACAGUGUCUAAGCAAUACACGAGAACUCCGGGACUACUGUCUGCAGGGUACAUACCGUAAAGACCUCAACUACAGUCGCUCAAAUACGGCCCUUAUGGAAGAGUUUGCCAAACUGCUACAGACAAUCUGGACAUCUUCAUCCAAUGAUGUAGUGAGCCCCUCUGAAUUCAAGACUCAGAUCCAGAAGUACGCGCCACGGUUUGUUGGCUACAAUCAACAGGAUGCCCAGGAGUUUUUAAGAUUUCUGCUCGAUGGACUCCAUAAUGAAGUGAACAGGGUUACCGUUCGCUCUAAAGCUGUCAUUGAAGAUUUGGAUUACUUACCUGAUGAGGAGAAAGGAAAACGUAUGUGGAAGAAGUACUUGGAGAGAGAAGACAGUCGGAUAGUCGACCUUUUCGUAGGACAGCUGAGGAGCUCCUUGACAUGCAGUGAGUGCAAUUACUGCUCAACAGUAUUUGACCCUUUUUGGGACCUCUCCCUGCCUAUUUCUAAGAAGAGUUACAGCGAAGUCUCCUUGCUGGACUGCAUGAGGCUUUUCACCAAGGAGGAUCUUCUAGAUGGAGACGAAAAGCCGACUUGUUACUGCUGCAAAGCAAGAAGAAAAUGCACGAAAAAAUUUACCAUUCAGAAAUUUCCUAAGAUCCUGGUGCUGCAUCUAAAACGGUUCUCCGAAGCACGUAUUAGAACCAGCAAGCUCUCAACCUUUGUGAAUUUCCCCCUCAAGGACCUAGACCUUCGAGAAUUUGCCUUGGACAAUAACAUACAUGCCGUCUAUAACCUGUAUGCUGUAUCAAACCACUCUGGAACCACAACAGGCGGUCACUAUACAGCCUACUGCAAACACCCUCUUAGUGGAGAAUGGUACAACUUCAACGAUUCCCGAGUAACACCAGUUUCAUCCAGUCAAGUACGAACAUGUGAUGCCUAUCUUCUCUUCUAUGAACUCUCCAGUUCUGCCUCAAGAGUGUAACUUUUUGAGUUUGCAAAGAUGUAAUUGUUCAAAACAUUAAAAAAUAUUUUCCAAAAAAAAAAGAACAUCAGAGGGUCUUCAUUGGUCAACCAUUUGCAGUGGAAAUGAGCAGAAUGGUGGAUUAAAGUUUGCUCUUUGGCUAGCCAUUUUUGAAAAUGUUGUCACUGACUGAAGAGAAAGAAAGCAGCAGAUUAGGAGAAGUGAGAAUGACAGAGAUGAAGACUAAUAUUAACUGAGUUUGAAUUAACACCAGCAUUUUCAGAGGGUGAUGCCCAAUUUUGCAGACAUCAAGGUCCAGAUAUUUCAUCAACCUGCUGAGCAGGUUAGUCACAGAUGGCAAAAAAGAAAGGUGUGUUUCUACGCAUGUGCUGAGGGAGUUCUGUUCUACACAUUUGAUGUAAGAAGUCUCAUGCUUGGAAUGUUGAUGCAGCAUGGCCAGUGCUGUUCGUUUGUAAGAUAAUUUUAAGAAAUGGCUAAUAGCGGAGGUGGAUAUAGGAAGCAUAACAGCAACAAAUUGUUACGGUGUGUUUUUGUUACUCGUUCCAAAUCUUGGCUUCACAAACCUGUCUAAAAGGAAUCUCCUAAUGCAAAGGCAUUGAGGUGUAUUUAUUUCAAAAAGUGCAAAUGCAUAGCAGUUCCAUGGGUUUUCGUGGAUUUUAUGUGUAUGAAAAGUAAACUGAAAAUGUACUUAUUCAUGCUAGUCAAAACAGUAGCAGGGGCAGCUAUUUAAAACUCUUAGAUGAUUUGCUAAAAUGUGAAAGUUCACUAAUCUUACUGUUUUGUACUUUGAUGUGUGCCUUCUGUUUUUUUAAAGAAAAAGGGGGUCUGAAAUAAUUUGUAAACUCAGAACACUGUGCCUCUCCUCUGAUUCUUCCUUCACUCAGGGUCUCUUCUUCUUAAAGUGGCUUAAAUGGGAGGUACUUUCAGGCCCCUAACUGAAUGCUAGCAAAGACAAGAUAUGGAACUUGCAAUCCAUUAGGCCUCUUGGGUCAGAACAAAGAGCACUUUGCCCCCAAGUACAGCCUCACUUGGAGAGUUGGGCACAUGGUCUCACACACACACGCACACGCACGCACACACGCCUUAUUAAUUCUGAUUUAUUUUUGGUAAGGAGGCGCUGAUAAUGGAAAGUAAACGGCUUAAAUAGUGUAUGUUUUUUGGUCAGGAAGAAGCCAGGAAAGUGCAAGAACCUUGGCUUGUUCUUCUGUUUUUGAAUAUUUUUACCAAAUGCACGAGAAUCACUGUAACAGUAUUGUAGUUUUCUGCAGAAGAUGACUUGUGUAACAGGAAACACAAUUCUUGUUUACUGUGUAAACUGGAGGAGAGAUAUU